GGUUUUGUGGAGAUGUUAGCGCUACAGUCUGUCUUCAGCAGCUCAUAAAUCAGCAACAUGAGACCCUUUGUCGCAUUAACCUUCAUCCUUGGGUGCGCCUACGCUGCUCCCUCCAACGUUCUCGGAUACGCCGGAGCUCUUGGCUAUGCUGCUGCCCCCGCUCAUCUGGGUUAUGCAGCUGCACCUGCCCAUCUGGCCUAUGCUGCUGCUCCCGCAGUCGCUGUUGCCGCUCCGGCUGUAGCCGUCCCUGCCCCCUACCAAACUGAGACCCAGGGUGAAGGUGUUACCACCGUUCACCAACCCGCUCCCAUCGUCACCAAGGAGGUUCACUAUGGUCAGACCUCUUAUGUCUCUGGAUACAAUACCGCCAUCCACAAGCCCGCUACCCCUCAUCUUCCCAUUCAGGUCCCCACAGUCCUUAAGGGAACUCAGUCCAUCAAUGCUCCCAUUGUCAAGACCCAAACCCAGAUCCACACUGUCAAUGAGCCUGUCUAUGUUGAGAGACGUGUUGAGGUCCCCUAUGAUGUCCCCGUUCUCAGGGAGCAGAUUGUUGAGGUCCCCACUGCCGUCCAUGUUGACAAACCCUAUGCUGUCCCCCAUCCUGUCCCUGUUGUUGGAGAGACCAUUGUCAGGAAGACUGUUGCUGCUCCUAUCAUCACCCACUCCAACCACGUCUCUGCUCCCAUUGCUCACGGAUACGCCCCUGCUGCCCUUGGAUACGGUUAUGCUGCUGCCCCCGCAGUCAACGGCUAUGCCACCGCCGCUGCCCACUAAGUUGAUAUGUUGCUACUGAAGACUGGCUGUGCUAAUGACAGCUUCCCAGCACAUGAAAGGAGGUAUAACUGCGUUCAUGUGGUUAGGACUUCUUUCAGGUGUUGCGAUGGGUCAUUCAUCACGCGUACAAAUGUUAUUUAAAUUCAUUCGUUGAACAAAUCAUCAAAUAUUGUACCGUACAUUCGCAAUCCUUUUUAGUGUUUAUAGAGACGAUGUUAACUGUUGCUUUACGGGACAUUGCAAUCUAGAUUUAAGGUUUUAACAAAAGUCAAAUCUUGUACUAUACUGUAUCUAGUUUUAAUGUACCCGUAAAUGCCAACUGGAAUAUGCCUUGUUAAUAAACUUUGAAAAAUACAAAAA